AUGACUGUGUUGUAUGAUUCGUUGAUCACUGCAUGCUGGCAUUAUUUCCGGAUUCCAAAUGGCUAUUGGAAAUCCAAAUCAGAUCAACUUUCCUCAUCAAAAGUAAAGGUUCUGAAAUUGUUGAAGCAACUGCGAGAUUUAAAUAUCACAGUGGAUAUUCUGGUGGAAACAGGAAUAGGAAAAACAGUAAAUGGAUUCAGGAAAAAUGAAGUUGUUGGUGACUUUGCCAAAGAGUUGGUGUGCCAGUGGAAAAAAAUAAUUCCUCAGGAAAUAUCCAGGAAUAACAGUGAACAAAAUGAAAGGACAAGGAGGAAUGACUGUGGCCAUUUUAGGAAAAAGCAUAGAAUGGAAAAUACAAACACAUUUUCCAGGCUCUCCAGUCAUGAGACUUUGCAUGUGACUGACGUGAAUGAGUCUGCAAAACUCUUAAAUGAGGAAGGAAGUGCACAAAAAAGAGAUGAGGUUCUGUCUAAUCAACGACCUUCCAAGAUGGAUCCUGAUCAGUUAAAGACCAGUGAAUACAAACCUUCAUGGAAGGAAAGAAAAAAAUACAGUCAAUGUGCAUCAAAAAACAAUUCUCUACAUAAUCAACAAUUGCUUAAAAAGGUUCAGAAAUGUGAAAAAUCAAAAUCUUCACAUAAGGACCAAAUUAACUUUUCUAGAAAAGAUAAAAAGUCUACCAAUAGCCAUCAAACAAAAAAGUCGAUUAAAGAGAAGGAGUCUUCACUGGAAAGCUCUGCCACAUCCUCCUUUAUGAGUCAGGAAAAUCCUCUUUCAGAAAAGGGCACUCGUGAAAAUGGUAAAAAGAAUAAAAGUAAAUCUGUGGACAAUGCAGAAAAUUCUAAGUUAUCUAGCAAGGUGCAGAUAUGGUCUUCAAAGGACAAAGCAUGUUGUGGAUCAGACAUAUCACAGAACAUGUCACGUAUGACUAAGGAGAGCAUUAAAGCCUGCAAAGUGGAAGAUGUAUCUGAAUUUGAAAACGAAGAGUUUGAAAAGCCAGCGAUGACUUUUGAAUCGUACCUAAACUAUGAGGAGCCAAGAAGAAAAGCAAAAAGAACCCACACAAAUAAGAAUUCAUCCAUUCCGGGAAAACACACACAUUCGAAGUUGAUCACAAAAAAGGAGAAUGUUGGAUCUCACAGUAAAGAAAGCAAAAGAAAGAGGAGUGCAGACAGAAGAGAGCAAUGUGAAGAAGACAUUUGGCUUCAAACACCAAAUAAAAAGAGGAAAAUUGACAUAAAUACUUUGUUAGAUAUCCCGUUGCCUAAAUUUCUGCCAGAUGUUACUGAUAUGCCUUCUGAUAGUCCACCUACAUCUCCUAUCAAGAAAUCAGCAAUACCCAAUAUUUCUGAUAGCACUGUGGAGUUUACUGGUCGAAGAUUAAACUGUAAAAUGCAAGUGUACUCUGGCUCAAAAACGACAAACAUUUUGAAGAUGAUGUCUCUGUAUGAACAGUGUAUUCGAGUCCUCCAGAACAACAUUGAUUCAAUUCAUGAAGUAAGUGGGGUGCCAUUUGAAAUGAUUGAGCCAGUGCUUGAACGAUGUACUCCAGAACAGCUCUGUCGAAUUGAAGAAUGCAAUCCGAGCUUUAUCAAACAGACUGGCCACUUCUGGAUGAAACAUUGUAAAAAAGAUUUCAAAAGCGAGGAGCCCAUUGAGUAUGAAUCAUGGCGUGAGCUAUAUCUGAGGCUUUACGACGAAAGAGAACAGAAAUUGAAAAUGUUGACACAAAGCAUUAGUUUUGCACAUGCUAAUAAGCCCAAAGGUCGUCAAGUGAAGUUAGCAUAUGUAAACAUCUCUGCAAAACCACCAAGAGACAUUCUGCGCCAGCAAGGAAAGCAUGGAACUGCAGGCUCGGCCCUGCAAAGUUCUCUCUUUGCCAAGAAUAACAUGUUUGAUUCAUGUUCUUGGCUGCAUCUGAAAAAGAUUUCUCACCUAGGAAGAGGCCCAUUGGGAGCACAGAAAACUCCAGCUUUGCUGAAGGAAGAAUCUCCUCUGACAGAACAAAGGGCAGCAGUGGUUAUGUUGCUGCAAGCAGUCAUUCAGGCCCAGAGUCAAAGAGACAAGUUAAAAAAGUUGCACCAAUGAUGGCAAAAUCUUUAAGGGCCUUUAAGAACAGACUGGGUCCACGAUAAAUAUGCCCGAGGACAGCUGCUUGACCUAUUUAUGUUGUAUAUAAACUUAUUGUUCAGAGGAUGGAACAUUUACUUAUUAUUUUUGUACAUUAUUUUGACCACAAAGUGCAUCUUGUACAUAUUUAUUUUCUGGGCGAAAAUUGAUUAUUUGCAAAGUUCUGGAGCAAGUAUGAUAUGAACUUAAAUUUAAAAAAAAGAUGCAAGAUUGAAAUGAUUUAAAGUGGCUCAAACAAUUCAAAUUGAUGUUUCUCAUUCACAAUAAAAGCUAAAAUUGA